GAGAGAGAAACUGCAGCAUCGCAUUCUACAGCAGCAGUCCCGAGCAGUGCAGGUGAGAGGGGGAAACCAAAGGAGAGGGAAGAGGAGGAGGAGGUGCAAGUAGAGAGAGAGAGAGAGAGAGAGAGAGAGAGAGAAUGCGGGACUCUUGGAAAAAGACGCAUCUUCACUCGCUCCAUUAGCGACAUCCCGAGCAAGGAUUAACGCGUAAUUGAUGCCCGCUUCAGCCGGUCAAGGAACAGCCUUGCUCGGUUACUUUUUGGAAUGCUUUGCAUGUGAUAAAGUGGCCGCGGGAACAACUGCUGCCGUCCCCUUCCAAGUUGCGCGUCGGGAUCCCAUGGCUUGGCACGGAAACAAAGCAAAGGCAUCCGCCGGCUCUUCAGCACCUUGGAUUUCUAUAUGAAUAUAUCACGUGGUUUGAAGAGCCCAGCAAUAGAAGUUGAAAAAACAGGAGAGUGAAGGAAGUAAUAAGACAUCAGCCAAUCAGUAGCAAAGAGUGUCAGUCAGUAGGGAGAAAGACCAAAUCCAACACCCACGCUGUGGGCUCCAACACUUCACUGAAGGAAGAAGAGGCAGGCCAGCCUGUGAUUCAAGAGGCAAAACGGUGCGGACGGAGCCAUGCGUAGACUCGGCGCAGCGCACUCGUCGGCGCGGGCUCUCGGCCUCGUGGUCUUACCGCUGCUGCAGCUGCUGACUCAGCUGCCGGGCGCACGCUCGGCUCUCAGGUACCGGGUGGCGGAGGAGGGCCCUCCCGACGUCAAGAUAGGCAACGUGGCCGCAGACCUGGGCCUCACGGCGGGUACGGGCAGCGGGGACGUCACCUUUGCCCUGGAGAGCGGCUCAGAGUUCUUCAAGAUCGACAACGUGACCGGUGAGCUGACGACGGGGCCGAGGCGCAUCGACAGGGAAAAGAUGCCCCAAUGCCAGAUGAUUUUUGACGAAAAUGAGUGCUUCUUGGACUUCGAGGUGUCCGUGAUCGGCCCCCUGCAAAGCUGGGUGGACUUGUUCGAAGGCCGUGUAGUCAUAACGGAUAUCAAUGACAACACUCCGUCCUUCCCCUCACCGGUGCUCCAGCUCUCGGUGGAGGAAAAUCGUCCAAUAGGCACGCUUUACCUGCUCCCCACCGCUACGGACAGGGACUUUGGACGAAACGGUAUCGACCGCUACGAGCUGAUCCAAGAAGGCGCAGCCGUGUCGAGUUCGGCAAGACGCGCGGCGGGAGGAAGUCCCGUUGGUAGAGUCGAUGGGCUUGGGGAUAGGAGGGGUCGGAGUGGAGAUAUGGUGGGAGGAGCCAGGAGCACUGUGUUUGAACUCCAAGUGGCAGAUAUACCAGACGGUGAAAAACAACCUCAACUCAUUGUCAAAGGUAUGUUGGACCGCGAGCAGAAAGACUCAUAUGAACUGAUCCUGCGCGUUCGAGAUGGAGGGAACCCCCCGAGAUCCUCUCAAGCUCUGCUGCGCGUUUCCAUCACAGAUGUAAACGACAACAGCCCGCAAUUCGAAAGGCCCGCGUACGAGGCAGAAAUGGCAGAAAACGCACCUCCGGGAACACCGGUACUCCAGGUGAGGGCUUCAGACCGUGACAUUGGCGUGAACGGGCAGGUGGAGUACGUCUUUGGAGCGGCCACAGAAUCGGUCAGGCGGCUGCUGCGACUGGACGAGGCGACCGGAUGGCUGAGCGUUCUGCACAGAAUCGACAGGGAAGAGGUGGCCCAGCUGCGAUUCACGGUGGCGGCUCGGGACAGGGGUCAGCCGCCGCGCAGCGACCGAACCACCGUCAUUUUGGCAGUGCGUGACGAAAACGACAACGUCCCGGUUGUAGAGAUUCGAAAGAUCGGGCGAAUCCCAGUGCGAGAUGGAGCAGCACUGGUACCUGAGAACGUUCUUGUAGACACACCGGUCGCUCUGGUUCAGGUUUCGGACCGAGACCAAGGAGAAAACGGGGCUGUGACCUGUACAGUUGUAGGGGAUGUCCCGUUCACUUUGAAGCCGGCUGGUGAAACAGCUCUCCCGCCCUUACCUGCAGAUGAAGCUUUUGACAGGAACAAGAAAAAAUUCUUCCUGCAUACCUCAGCCCUGCUGGACUACGAGGUCACCAAAGAGUACAGCGUCACCAUUGUGGCUGUAGAUUCCGGAAGCCCAAGUCUGUCCAGCAACAGUUCACUGAUGGUGCGAGUUGUCGAUUACAACGACCAUCCCCCAGUCUUUGCCCAAAGUGUAGCGGAGGUCCACUUUGCAGAAAACAACUCCCCCAACGAGAGGGUCGUCACUGUGGUGGCCGCAGAUGCGGACAGCGGCAAGAAUGCAGAGAUUACAUAUUCCUUGGACCCUGUUGCAAACGGGCCAUUUUUUAUCGAUCCGGAUAACGGCGAUAUCCGUGCCACUGGCGUCCUGGACAGGGAGCAGAGAGAGAGGUACGAACUCAAAGUUAUUGCCAAGGACAAGGGCACCCCGCCUCUCCAGGGUUCAGCGACUGUUGUUAUUCAGGUGACCGACCGCAAUGACAAUGCGCCAAAGUUUGUCCAGGAAGUUUUUACAUUCUACGUCAAAGAAAACCUGCUUGCCAACAGCCCAGUAGGCAUGGUGACCGUGACGGAUGCUGACGAAGGUGAGAACGCAGAACUCACCCUCUUUGUAGAAAUGGAUGGGCUGGAUGAGAAGAAGUCAGGGGAGAAAACUGUGGGGCACAAUGGAGAGGAGGAGCAAGAGGAGGUGUUCUCCAUCGAGAACAACACCGGCACCAUCUUCUCUACUUUGUCGUUUGACCGUGAGAAGCUUUCCACCUACACCUUCCGUGUACGUGCGGUAGACGGAGGAGAGCCUCGCAAAACUGCCACAGCUACCGUGUCGCUCUUUGUGACCGAUGAGAACGACAACGCCCCCGCCAUCACAUCUCCGGCCAACGAGUCCUAUACGCUGCUCCCACCUGCAAGCAGUGCCCGCACUAUAGUCCGAACUGUGACGGCCAUAGACUCGGACACGGGUCCAAAUGCAGACCUCCGCUAUGCCUUGGUAGGUGGGAAUCCCUUCAGAUUAUUCGAGAUCGGCCACUCCAAUGGCGUGAUCACGCUGGCGGAGCCGCUGGAGCGGCGCCACAAAGGUCUGCAUCGCCUGGUGGUCAGGGUCAACGACAGCGGGACCCCUUCGCUGUGCGCCACGGCGCUGGUCCACGUCUUCAUCAACGAGAGCUUGGUCAACGCCUCCCUGGUCGACGCGCAGGUGAGCCGAAGCUUGUCAGCUCCACUGUCGCUGGACAUCGCGGGGGACCCAGACAGCGAGCGGGCAUUAGGUAAACAGCGCCUCAGCGUCGCCAUCGGCGUUCUGGCGGGGGCCGCGGCCGUCAUCCUGGUCAUCCUCCUCGUAGUCACUGCGAGGCAGUGCGGCGCUCAAGGCAAGAACGGCUACGAAGCUGGUAAGAAGGAGCCGGAAGAAGAUUUCUUCAGCCCGUCGGGGGCUCAACCGCAGGUCGGCCGCGGCGGCGGAUCGGACCGAGGCCGCAAAGCUCGGCGGGACAAGCGCAACGGAACCGGCGGUGGCACAGCGGCCGGCGCCGGCAAAUCAGACAGGUCGCUCUACAGCGGUAUUGUCACCGUAAACGGGCUACGCCGCCACGGCAACGACGAGGAGGAGGAGGAUAUUAGCAGCGCGAGUGAGCGCCUCGCAGCCCGCUACUGCGCCGUGGACGGUGACCCCGGCAGCCCGAGGAUGGGCGGCGGCAGGCGGCACCAGUCCAGUCCGGAUUUGGCCAGGCACUACAAAUCCAGCUCGCCUCUCCCUGCAGUCAAUCUCCAGCCGCAAUCCCCUCCAGCUGAAGGGAAGAAGCAUCAGGCGGUGCAGGAGCUGCCGCCCUCCAACACCUUUGUGGGCAGCGGGGGCUGCGCGGGGAGCACCGGCUCCAGCAGCAGCAGCGGAAACGGAGACGCCAUGUCCCUGGGUUCAGACCAGUGCUCGGAGUACGGGUGCCAAACUGGGAACAAGUACAACAAACAGGGGACCCUUCGUCGGGUGACCUUCUCGGUGGUGAGCCAGGCCCAGGACGCCGGUUGCUAUGACAGCGGCCUGGAGGAUUCGGAGACCCCCAGCAGCAAGAGUUCAUCGGGGCCACGGUUGGGAGCCCUGCCGCUGCCCGAGGAGGGUUAUGAGCGCACCACACCCGAGGGCAGUGUGGGGGAGGAGGAGCAUGUGGAGAAUGAUGCCAGGCAGCUGCCAGAUGUGGCGCUAACCGGAAAGUGUACACGGGAGUGUGAUGAGUUCGGCCACUCGGACACUUGCUGGAUGCCCGUUCACCCGUCCCCUCGCCAGCGCCAACACCACAGCAGCGACCCCCCGCGCCUCUCCACCUUCGCCCCCGGUGACGACAACAACAAUCUGCGCAGAAACGACCACGCGAGCGACAGCGAGAGCGCCGGCAGCACCGGGAGCUCGGAACCGGGGGCGGUCACGGCGGGAGAAGGUCAGAGGUUACCGCUAGUCAACGGCGAUGCUCUGGGCACCCUGGGAAGAGCCAACAAGAACGUGGGCGACCACAAUCGGAACCUUCUCAACCGCAAGAUGACCUCGGCGUCGUACGACACCUUCAGCAGCGCUGGCUUCGGGAGGCGCCGUCAAGAUGAGGAAGGAGGAGAAGCAGGCCAGAACCCGGCGGAGGUCAUCCCGCUGACCCGGACUGGAGCGGACUACAAGACCACGUCCUGCCUCACCUUGUCACGCCGUGAAGUCUACCUGUGACCUACCCCCACGCAGCCAUCGCUCCAGCGGCCGGCCGCCGCCGCCGCCGCCGCAUCCCGAGGACUUUGUAGGAUGGGAAAACGUUGCUUGGUUUCCCGAAAGUUGUACAUGCAUUUGAAACUUCUGGAGUCGAAUAUUUAUAGCCACUUAAACUUCAGCCAGUGAUAGAUCAACUAUUUUGAGAGCUCCUGCCAGGAGUACUUUCCUUUCAAAAAGAAACAAAACAAGAAAAAAAAAAAAAAAAAAAACGAGUGAAAAUUGCCUGCAGGCAAAGAUUCUAU